GAAAACGCCACAUCUGACAGGGAGGGAGAAGACAGACACAACCACAGGGGAGCGUGAACACCCGACCUCAAGAUGCUGGCACUAGUUAACCGGCUUUUGGACUGGUUCAAGGCUCUGUUUUGGAAGGAGGAGAUGGAGUUGACGCUGGUCGGUCUCCAGUAUUCGGGAAAAACAACAUUUGUAAACGUGAUCGCUUCCGGGCAUUUCAGUGAAGACAUGAUUCCUACAGUCGGGUUCAAUAUGAGGAAGGUCACUAAAGGAAACGUCACCAUCAAGAUCUGGGAUAUAGGAGGGCAGCCGAGGUUCAGGAGCAUGUGGGAGCGCUACUGUCGGGGAGUUAAUUCAAUCGUGUACAUGGUUGACGCAGCAGAUCAAGAAAAGGUGGAGGCUUCUAGAAACGAGCUUCACAAUUUAUUAGACAAACCUCAGUUGCAAGGAAUUCCUGUUUUGGUGCUCGGUAACAAAAGGGAUAUUCCCAGUGCUCUAGAUGAAAAGCAGCUCAUUGAGAAAAUGAAUCUGGCAGCUAUUCAGGACAGAGAGAUAUGCUGCUACUCCAUUUCCUGCAAAGAGAAAGACAACAUUGACAUCACACUUCAGUGGCUCAUCCAGCACUCAAAAUCUAGGAGGAGCUGAAAAUGGAGUUGUUGUUCAUGUUAUUGUCAUGCCCCCACCCCACCCCUCUCCUCCACCCCAACUCACACUUCUACUCACAUGCUGCUCUGUUCUGCUCGUGGCACACAUGUAUUUUGCCCCAUUUUCACCUUGUGCUUCUUUCACAAACCCUGAUAAUGCACUACUAAAGAUGUGACUCUGAAACCAAAUUUAAGAAAUUCUUGUUGGCAUUAUUCGUCCUGUAAAGCUGUUCUUUAACUUAGAGUCGGAACAUAAUUUCGGUCUACCAUUUAGGCAUUACCCGGUUGAUUAUACCCAGUGUUUUUUUAUAAUGCUAAGUAGGUGUACAACAACGCCGUCUUGAAGGAAGUUUGAUAUUUUCAAACAGGCCUCACACAACGAGAAGUGUUAUUUACACAGUCUGCUAUCGAGUUCUGCUCCGUGAUAGUCUUUGAUGACCGUCACCCUUCGCUUGAUCAGGUUUUCUUCUUUCGUGAAAAUGUUUUAGACAACUGUGCAUUUAGUCUGUACAAAUAUCAAGCUAGUAUGAUUUUUACUGAUGUGCGAUGUGCGUGUAUGGAUAUAUGAUUCUAUUUAAAGUCUGAAUGUACCAAAAGAAAAGCUGUACGGAGUUGUGUGGUACAUAUUGGCCUCUGUUUGUAAGGAUGUUUGUGCUGCCUCGAAGCUGAGAGAGUGGCAGAAUUCAAAGUGCCUUGUGCAAUGUCUCUCACCUCUGAAGCAAAGCAGCAUGCAAGGUGUGCCUACCUGGGAAGAAUAAAAAAUAAAAAUAAAAACACAACUUCAGUAUAUUCAAAUAAUAAAAAGGCAUGCUUUUUAAUUAA